ACCAAAGCCGAACAGAUCGACUCCCCUGAUCAUCGAACAAGUACUCGUUUCAUUGCAGAAGCGCAUACAGUCCAGGUCAAGUGUAUUUUCCAUACCAAACAAAGAGAGGAAGAUGGAUCAAAAUGAACUCUCUGACAUUGGAAUCUCAAGUCAAUCCAACAGAUACUAUCUUUUCAUCAAGAAAACAUUCAAGUUUUUAGUUCCCGUCUCUCUUGUAUCUUUCCUCCUCUCCUAUGUCACGGGUUUUUCUUUCUUCUUCGCCUACAAUUUCCACUUCUCAGCUUUAGUUUUUCCACUCUUCGCUCGUGCCCUUGAGAGGAAGUACAUGUUCCUCAUUUGCAAUGGCAUCCUUGCAUUUCUUGGCAAGACGUUCAAAUUUUACUCCUCUUCUCUUUCCGUGCCAGACUUUAAUGAUCAUGACGAGUCCACGAGGAGUACUACUGAAGCUAGAGAAGAAAAGCCGGUGUCUGAAUCAACUCUAUUUGCAGGACAAGAGGAUGAGAUCCAUGCUUGUCCUGAUAAAACUGAAGUUAAUGCAGCAGAAGAAAAACUGAAGCUACAAGAGAACGGAAAUGAACAUGUACGUGUAUCUUUUACCUCAGAGAUUGAUCAAGGCACGCAGGCUGGAGGCUUAAUGAUUGACAAUGAAGAUCUAGACCUGAUUGAAGAAGAAGAGGAAGAAGUACCGCUAGACGAAGAGGACAUGGAAGAAGGCGGAGGUCUGCUUUGUGCAUCAGCAUCUGAAGAAGAAGUUGGAGUAAAUAUUAACACCGAGGAAUUAAAUCGGAAGUUUGAAGAGUUUAUAAGGAAGAUGAAGGAAGAAAUCAGGAUCCAAGCUCAACAACCACAACUUGUAACUGUGUAGCUCACUAAGAAAGUAAAAAAAAAAAAAACUUCAUGCUGUUCCUUAGUUCAAGUUGUUAGCUUGUCUUUAUCUUAUUAUGAAGAAGCUCACUUCCUUCAAUUCUUGCCAAGUAGUAUUUCUUC